GUUAGUCACUGUCUCACUGCCACUGCAGAAACACGAAUUUUUUGCCGACAUUCGCAGGUUUCGGCUCCGACGUGCUGACAGGAAAGUAUUACGUUUAUAGGUAAGCGGUUCUGCCACUACUUUCUCCACAUCAACCCUUGCUUUUGCUUUAUAGAUACGUGUAAUCCGCGUUAUGCGUUGACACAAUUUUUUCUUCUAUUUUAUGUCGGUGACGAUGUCGAAUUCGGCAAUUGACGCACUACCUCAAAAUCUGGUGGUUAAAGAUAUAACCAAGGGCUGGUUUGGGACCUCUUUGUAAGACUCAGAAAUCGUAUAUCGAUAUAUCUGAGUCCGUAAGCUCCUCCACCAUGACAAGGUGGGUUCCGUCAGAGGAGAACCAAUAAGUACAAAAAACUGAAACCGUGAGUCACUUGCCGUAAUUUAUUUGUAUAUUGGUAAUACGCAAUAGGUUGAUGUAUUUAGAACAAAAAACAUAUCACUUUUAUUUUUUAAUACUAACUAUUGUACCAAAUUAUAAAAUAAAACCACUAUUAUUGACUUAAUAUCAAUACUGUACCAGGCGCGGAUCCAGUCUACAUUAACAGGGCAGAUUAUACAUAUGUAUAAUAUAUAUUUACUAUUUAGAUACCUACUAGUAAAUAUGAUUAUGUAAUAGUACUUACUACUUAAUGCAAUAAUUCCUUAUUAAUUAUAGUGAAUACCUUUUUUUCAUAAACUGCAUCGCUGACAAUAGGUAAUAUUAAUAUUGUUAUCAAUAAUUUAUAAAUUAUGUUAAGCCCUGGUUAUAAGAAACCAGGGCUUUAUAAAAAUAAAAGAUGAAGAUUUGUGACCGAAUAAUACAACAUAACAUUUACAUAGAAUAACGCAAAAUGUUAAAUUUAAUUAAAUUAAAUAGGUAGGUAACACAUUUUGAUACAGCCAACAGAGGGGGUUACCGCUCCCCAUUAAAUCCACGCCUGUGUUAUAUGCCAAUGGCGUAUUUAGGGGGAAGGCCCAUGGAGGGCAAUUGCACCAGGUAGCACUUGAGGGGGGCAAUAAAUUUAAUUGCAAACUUUUUUUUUUUAAACACGUUUAUAAUGUUUCACUAUUUCGUAAAUACCUAGAUAAGAAAAUAUAUUAAUAAAUUUUACAAUUUGCUUUGAUUAUUUUGUUAUCAUGGGUACUACUGAGAGUACUUACAAUAUUCAUCAAUCUAGGGCACUGGAUAGAUUUUAGAUUAUGAACGAAGUAAUGUAUAUUGUAUUUUUUUACAAUUAUGUGUGUUUUUUUGUGUCUGUGAACAGCAUAACUUGUCGAAAUAAUGCUUCAAUUUCAAACUUCAGGGGUGAUUUCCGACGGCAAAGUGAAUAUCCUUGGUGCAUUAUAGAAGUCAAAACUCAAAAUGACAUAGAAUCGAACAUUACUAACCAUGGUUUAACUAAUGAACUACCUAGUACAACAUCUCUCAAAUGCACUGACAUUAAAUCGAACAUUAAUGAUCAUCGUUCAAUUGUAUUAAAUGAACUGUCCAGUUCAACAUCUUUGAACGUGAAUAUUUUGAAUGGUCGUAGAAUAGUUGAUAUAGGUCAUAUUUUCAACGAAAUUCAAAAUAUUCGUCAUAGUGGUGGACUUGGAUGUUCAUUUUCAGAUAUGAUUUUUAAAAGAGAAGAAAUAAAUGGAUACUUCUCAAUAUUCUAUUUUCAUUGUAAAAUUUGCGGUAUCGAAAAACAAAUAUCUUCUGAAAAUACUAAGAACAUUGAAUGCAUUCCAAUAAAUAAAGCAAUAGUAAAUUCAACAGUAGCUAUAGGUAUUGGACAUGCACAACUGUCUGAACUUUCGACUUGUAUCGAUAUACCUUCAAUGUCAUCCAAUACAUAUCAGUCAUUAUUAUCACCUGUCGGCGAAGUAGUGCAUGAUUUAGCGAAGGAUGAAAUAAAAGAGGUGGAAGGUAUAUUGCCUGUCGGCGAAGUAGUGCAUGAUUUAGCGAAGGAUAAAAUAAAAGAGCUGGUGGAAGGUAUAUUGAGUGAAAUCAUUGCACCAAAAAGCGUGCAUGAAAUAGAAGAAAAUAAAGGAGAUGAAUUGCAAAAUUCAGAAAAACAACAACAUAAGUCAUUUCUGCAGACGUACCAAGAUCCAAGUACCAGCUUAGCUGUUAACAUAUUGCAGGAUGUACAACAAAUCGAAUCAAAUAGUGUAGCUGUGGGUGAAGAAAAUUUCACCUUAGAAGAAAACAAAGAUAUUUCGGCAGUAAACGAGGAUACUAAACACGAAAUAGGACUCGAUGUACAACAAAUCGAAUCAAAUGAAGUAGCUCUGGGUGAAGAAAAUUCCGCCUUAGAAGAAAACAAAGAUAUUUCGGCAGUAAACGAGGAUAUUAAACACGAAACAGUCAUCGAUAUUGAUACGAAUGAACUGGAAAAUGUUUUGGACGAACGGAGUCAAAAAAAGAGUUUCUGGAGAUGGCUAAUUCCAUUCUGGGGAAGAAAUCAAGUCAAAACAAAAUCAAACUCCAUCAAAAGCAACGAGUAUUUAAUGCUCAAUUUUUAAAUAUUUAAUGCAUAACCUCCAAAGGUAUAUUAUAUAUUAAAAAAACAUAGUUAAAUAUUAAGUAACCAUAGGAAGUGUCACCACUGGAUGGCUCCUUCCAUUACAACAAUAUAACGUAACCUUCCUCUUGAGCUGAUGUUGGCCAAUUCAAAAUAAUAUUAUAGAAAUCUGAAUAGUCUGUAGUAUCACAGAACAGGAAGUAUAUUCCGAGAACAUUUCAAGUCAUCAAUUUUUUUUUUGUUAAUUGAAACUUUCCCAGUAUGGUGGUUUAGUAGUUGGUAGGUAGAUCAGGAGAUCGAUUUUCUAAAAGUAAACGUAGAUGAACAGAGACCAUUAGGCAUUAAUGAAGGUCUUGGCUUCCACUUUUCCAGGUAAGCGAAGUCUGAAAAUAAAGUGUUUGUGUGAAGAUAUUUUGAAUGUAAU